GCCGAAUAGGGGCAAAGUUCGAAACUUUUGGAGCAAACAACAACAAAAAAAAACAGAGAUGGAAUAAUUUAUUUCCCUUUUUACAGGACACACAUGACCUGACCUACUCUUUUUCUACUACUACUGUGCUGCAGCAAGCUACAUGACCCUUCUCAGCACAUUGCCGUCGUGUAUUGCAAAAUUUCGGAGGCUUUGACUAAAAAAGCUUCGUUUUUUCGAGCUUGCUCCUGCCCCGAAAUAAAAUUCGGGGCCCCAAAAAUUCGCAAUUCUGGGGGCUGGCCCCCCGAAUUAGCGCGCCUCCCGGAGAUCCGGCGCCGGUGAGUCCCCAGUCGAUCCCUCUCUCUGUCAGCUUCUGGUUGAGGUGCGUCUCGCCGCCGGCCGCGGCCUGGCGCGGCGGCAGAUCUGGCGGGCGCCUAGGGUUAGGCCCGUCUCGCCGGGAGUCCCCGAUCCAUCAGUAGGGGGCGGCCGCCGCGUCUUCUUCCCCCGCAGCCGAGAUCGCCCCUCCGCCCGCCGCCUGAACCCUUCUCCUCCCUCCGCUCGCUGCGCCGCAGCCCGGAGAGGAAACCGCGCUCUGUCGACCACCGCCUGGGGCCCAGCGUCCUCGCGACCUGCUCCGGCGUGGCGUCCGCUCUCUGCAGCCCCAGCGUCCCCGCGACCGGCCCCGCGCGGCCGCCACACAGCUCCGCUGCUAGGUCUCCGUCCCCACAUGACUCAGAUCCAAACACCAUGGUCUCCGUUCCCCAUGAGCCCAUGAACCAAACACAUAGUCAGUUCCUUCUCUUCUUAAGGCUGUGGAUCACGCGGAUCGAGGCGUUUCUUCGAUUCUAGCUGGGGUUUGGGGGAGGUGUUCGUGAACUGGAUUCAAGGUGCCUCCUACUCCUAGGGGCCUGGUUUGUUUGUUUCGCUUGGUUUUUUUUACAUGCUAUUGUCGGUGAGGUUCGAUAUUUGUGGGCGUGUGUAGAAAGUUUGGAUCUUUUGUUCCACUUGUUGCUAUGAAAGACACCAUUUUUUGUCGUGGGAAUUGUUGGAGGAGUUGCUUGAUCUGCUUAGUUUAGCAGCUGUAGAUCAAGGAUGGAAUCGGAGUAAGGAUGCUCGGGAGCCCGAAUUUAGCGAAGUGAAUCUCAGUGUUGCAUAGUGGUUUGAUGGAAGUACAUGCUCUUUCCGAGCUGAAAUGUCAGUUCUCCAUGAAAUAGAGCUAUCGAUAAGCCCAGGCAGUGAAGAUUUCUAAUCUGGAUGUACUUAACUGCAGGCUAAGGCAAUGAAGAUUUCUAAUCUGGAUGCACACUUAAUCUUGUCCAGUUCUUGAUCUUGGGCUUUGCUGCUUCCUCUCAAGUUAGUUUGUUGGCCAAUCGAGUCCAGAGGCGCAGAUGAGUGAGGAGUACAAUAUGGAUGUGGCCCUAAAAGCCAAAAAUGUUGCUGAGACCAAGUUCCAUGCCCGAGACAUCAGGGGUGCUCGGAAGUAUGCACUCAAGGCCCAGAAUCUCUGCCCAACACUUGAAGGCAUAUUGCAGAUGGUCUCAACGCUUGAAGUUCAUCUUGCAGCUGAGUCCAAGAUUGAUGGAGAGAGUGACUGGUAUAGGAUAUUGUGUCUAGGUGCCUUUGCAGAUGAAGAGGAGGUGAGGAAGCAAUAUAGGAAGCUAGCUCUGCUGCUGCACCCAGACAAGAACAAGUCUGUUGGUGCUGAGGAGGCCUUCAAACUGAUCUCUGAGGCGUGGAGUGUGUUGUCAGAUACUAGCAGGAAGGUAGUUUAUGAUGAGAAGCGAAGAAAUCAUUCUGUUGUCAAUGUAACCAAUGGCAUUUAUACCUAUGAUAAGAAGGCAAACAAGAGGGCUCGAAAGAAUGCUGCUGCUGCAGCUGCUGCCGCUGCUGCUGCCGCUGCAGCUGAGGCUACUACUCGUCCUGUUGGGAUUGAUACAUUUUGGACAUCUUGCAACCGCUGCCGGAUGCAGUAUGAGUACUUAAGGAUUUAUCUUAAUCAUAACCUGUUGUGCCCAAAUUGCCAUAAUGCAUUCUUGGCAGUGGAGACUGGGUUCCCUUGCAAUGGAAGCAGCUCAUCAUUCUCAUGGUCAACCAAGCAGCAGCCGCAGCAGAACCACAAUUCAACCAAGCAUUCAUAUGGCUCAACAAGCAGGACUUCUAGCAUCCCUGGUACAGGGAAUGGGGGGUACCAGCAAGAUAAUACUUAUGAUUCUUACAACAAUCAAGGCUUCCAGUGGAAUCAGUACUCCAAGACAACAACUGCAGCUGUUACUAAUGCUUAUAGUACACAGGCCUUGGAGAAACAGAGAAGGAAGCAUGACGAGAGCUACAGCUACAACUAUUCUGAAAGCGGCAACACAUAUGUUCAUGAGAAAGCUGCUUCAAGGCGCGGUCGCUUCUCAAAGCGGAGAAGGCAUAACUAUGAUGCUUAUACCACUGUGGAUUAUGGUGGCGAUAACAAAGAAACAGUUGCUGCAACUGCAAGCACAGAACCAACUGCUGUUUUUACUGAUGUGGGACGGGUCAAUGGUACUUCAGUGGAAAGGUUUAAAUCUGCAGUGAGUGGAAGAAGAGCAAAUAUUCUGGGUGAGAUUACCCAGAUUGAUACACGAAAUUUACUUCUUGAGAAAGCCAAGGCAACUGUCUGUGAAAAAUUGCAUGAAUUAAACAUCACACCAUCUUCACGAGCUGCAGAUAGAAGAGGAUCUGAAGGAAAGCUGUAUCCUUGUGACAACAACAUAAAGGUCAACGGUGUCCUCUCUGACAAACCUGGCAAGGGAGUCAAGCUAUGCAACUCAAGAAGCAUGGAAAUCCAAGUGCCUGCUACCGAUGACAAAAAUCCAGAGCAACGCCGUGUGCCUGUGUCCAUCGAUGUCCCAGACCCUGACUUCCAUGAUUUCGAUAAAGACCGAACGGAGAAGGCUUUUGAUACUGAUCAAGUAUGGGCUACCUAUGACUGCGAGGACGGCAUGCCCCGCCUAUAUGUAAUGGUUCAGAAAGUUCUUUCAACGAGGCCCUUCCGGAUCCGCAUGAGCUUUCUCAACUCGAAGUCAAAUAUCGAACUGGCGCCUAUAAACUGGGUCGCCUCUGGUUUCCAAAAGACAUGUGGUGACUUCAGGGUUGGGAGAUAUCAGGUGAGCGAAACGGUGAACAUAUUUUCACAUAGAGUGAGGUGGACUAAAGGUCCCCGUGGCAUCAUCAGGAUCGUUCCCCAGAAAGGGGACACGUGGGCCUUGUACCGUAACUGGUCCCCCGACUGGAACGAGCUGACGCCUGAUGACGUGAUAUACAAGUACGAGAUAGUGGAAGUCGCUGAUGAUUUCACUGAGGAGCGAGGGCUGACUGUCAUCCCGUUGCUGAAGGUUGCCGGAUUCAAAGCCGUCUUCCACAGACACGUGGAUCCCGAGGAGGUGAGGAGGAUACCAAAGGAAGAGCUGUUCCGGUUCUCGCACCGGGUUCCUUCUCGUCUCCUGACGGGCGAAGAGGGCAGCAAUGCCCCGAAAGGCUGCCAUGAGCUGGACCCUGCUGCCACUCCAGUGGACCUUCUCAAGGUUAUCACGGAGCACAAGGAAGACGCGGUGGCGCAGAGUCCUAAAUAGGAGUGAGCGACUCCGAUAACAGCGAAGAUAAGGUAGCUGGAUGUCUGAGUGACCAGAUCCCCACUUGGUUAAUGACAGCGUGCCAGCACAUGAUGGUGUCUAAAGCUCUACUACGCCAUCUUAUUUUCGGCUGAUGGCUUGGACAACACUUCCAGGGCAAGCAGCCUGUGUGUGUGUGUGACGGACUUCUGACCUUGUUAAUUCUUAGGCAUUCCUAACAUUUGAUUCUAUCACUACACAAGCCAACCGCCACGUAGAUUAAAUGGCCAUUGGGAGGAGGCCGGCCGCGCACGGCACCGAGAUGAGAUGAGGAGGUUAGUCACGGAGGUAGGGAGGGUGAAGAUGUUACUUGUUUGUGUUGCUCACUCUGUAAUGUAGGAGGCAGGCUCGAGCCGAGGGAAAGAGCUGCUUGGCUUUGCUUGCCCAUGUACCCCGCAUUUCUGUACCUGUUUUUUUACUUAUGAUGAUGAUGAUGUAUUUCCUUCUUGUUUUAUAGUAGUAAGUAAUUCACGGCCAGUAAUUGUAGACUCUGGUAACCGUUUCGGAAAAUCUAGUGCUUUAUCUGGUGGAUGAUUC